GGAUCAGUCUCCCGAGAGAGAGGUCAGACAGUCGCUGGCAUCGCCGAAGAGAACAACUGUAACACAGAGGCGAUCUCUUCUCGCGACCCGUGUGUGUCGCUGCUCUCGCGUCUGGAUCACGAGCUAUAUAGAGGGUAUAAGGCAAAAAAAGGACAUUGAACAACGCUCGUGUGUGUGUGUUAGCCUCUCGGAACGGAUCGAGUCAAGGUCAUCAGCACCGCACAUACGUACGAUACACGCAGAGAGACAGAAAGCUACGCCAUGUGGAUAUUACUACCGCUGCUGGGAUCGCUGCUCGUCAGUGGCGCAAUCGCACAGGUACCUUUUCUCGGUGGCUGUCCCAAAGUCGAUCUGAAGCACGACUUUGACGUACAACAGUACCUCGGCAAGUGGUACGAAGCAGAGCGUUACUUCGCUCUCUUCGAAGUAGGCGGCAAAUGCGUUACAGCUACGUACACUCUUAACCCCAAUGGCACUGUGAGCGUCGAGAAUCGACAGAUAAAUACCUUGACUGGGAAUCCUUCGAGCAUAGUCGGCCAUGCCACUCAGAAGAACGACAAUAGAGCUCAGCUGUCUGUCGUUUUUCCGUCUCUGCCGGUAAGUUUCGACGCGCCUUACUGGAUCCUGGAUACCGACUACACGUCCUACGCCGUUGUCUGGAGUUGCAACGAUUUCAGGGUCUUCAGCACGAGAAACGCUUGGAUUCUUACGAGAGAGCAGCAUCCACCAGUGGCAGUUUUGGAAAAAGCAUACCAUGCAUUAGAUAAAAACAAAAUAAGCAAAGCCUUCUUUAUGCGAACGGAUCAGAAGAAUUGCGUAGAGAAGGGAUCCUCAGAAAAUCAUGUUUCUUAAAAAUUUUAAUAAUUUUAUCAAAUUGUUUACUUCCAUAAGUUUAGUUCCAAUUCACUUCAAUUUAUUAUUCAAAUAAGAAAAAUAAAACUAUCAUAUGAUAAAUUAUAGUCCUUUUUUUAAGGAAACAAUUUGCACGUGAAGCGACCAAUAAUCGCAAUCAUCCUAAUAAAUAUUGUGAUAAAUAAAAAAAUGUUUACUUUUAAA